AUGGCGCAAUUUAUACCACGCCAGGCUUUUCCUCAUUAUGGGGCUAUCCCAAGGUCUUACUUCCUGGGACAUCACCGGGCUGGAUUGACCAAAAUGAAGAGCAUGCUCUCAUUGAUUGACUAUGUCGUUGAGUGUCGUGACUACCGGGCACCUGUUACUUCCAUUAACCCCAUGUUUGAAGAAGCUUUGGGCAAGAUUCGGCGACUGAUUGUCUACACAAAGAGAGAUCUUGGAGGCGUUCUACACUCAGCAGAGCAGCAGUCGUUAGAAAGAAAAGUCCGAAGCUUCGACCCGACUAGCACUGUCUUCUUCACCGACUCAUCCUCCCGUGCAGAUCUCAACCGGAUUAUCCGACAUCUUCGUGAAGAUGCUUUCGCACCUGAUAAACUGACUGGAUGCCGUAUAAUGGUUGUUGGAAUGCCCAAUGUGGGUAAAUCGACAUUGAUCAACCAUUUGCGAAAUCACGGCGUGGGGAAAGCAAAGGCCCUGAAAACCGGUGGCCAGCCUGGAAUUACACGCAAGAUCGCAAGUCCUGUCAAGAUCAUUGAGAGGGAGAGUGGAUCGCAUACCUAUGUUCUUGAUACACCCGGUGUCUUUAUGCCUUAUGUGCCUGAUGCGGAGAAUAUGCUUAAGUUGGCUCUUGUCGGGUGUGUCAAGGAUACUGUCAUAUCACCCGUGACUCUCGUGGACUACCUGUUGUAUAAGAUCAAUUUGCAUGAUCCGCAGGCAUAUCGGCGUUGGUCUGAACCUACAAAUGAGGUUACUCCUCUACUUGAGGGAUUCGCGCGCCAGACUGGGUUGCUCAUGAAAGGUGGGAUACCCAAUGUGGAUGCUGCUGCUCUCCAUUUUAUAUCGAAAUGGCGAUCGGGCGAUGUUGGGAAGUUUAUUCUUGACGAUCUAGACGCCGAAAAGUUGCGAAUGGAAAAUCCCGUGGAGACCCAGCACAUGAGCAUGUCCCAGGCGUUGAAAUUUGAAAGGGUAAAUCGAAAAAAUAAGUCGAAUGCUGAUAUCCCAUCCGAAUAA